AUGGUCAACCAUCAACUCUCUCCAAGUCACAGUGAAGAAGAAGAAGAAGAAAUUCAAAUUCACUCCUCCUCUGUGACUUUAAAUAAUUCCAUAGUAGCAGCAGUAGUAUCAACAACCAACACCUCUCAACAACAACAAUACAAUGAAACCAUCAAUGAAACCAUUUCCAAACACAAAAUGAAACAAUACGAAUCGGAAUUUGUGGAUCAUCCCAAUUCAAAUGUUUAUUCCGGAUGUUUGUAUCAAUUAUUUGCACCAUUUUUCAUGUUGUUUGGAUCGGGAGGAAUCUUUUCUUCGAAUCCAUCCAAUCAUUCAAAAUCCUCUCAUCAUCAUCAUGAUAAACCACCGACACGAGAGGAAACGUCAUCAUUAUUAUUGGGACAAGAGGAUGCAGCAGAAGAGGAUUUGGAUGAAGAAUUAUAUCGAAAUCAUGAAGAUGGCAAUGAAGAGGAAGAUUUAGAUUCGUAUUUGAAUCGAUCGUUGGAAGGAGCAACUUCCGUGUUGCAUCGAGAGGAACAACAAUUAUAUUCAAAAUUUAAAGAUUCAAGUUAUAGAAAUGUGUUUGAGAGUAAGAAUGGAAUUAGUGGUAAUAGUGGAGGACAACAACAACAGAAUCAGUCACAUCUUAUUCAAAAUCGUGACAUGAAUGAUCAUGCAACAAGUGUGAAGCAUCAGCAACAACAAUUACAACAACAGCAUAAUGAGGACGAUUUACUAAAUUUUGAUUCCAUUCCAAAGAAUGAAUUAUUGACAAUGAAUAGACCUCAUCCUCCUGUCGAUCCAUUGAUGCACAAUUCUAAUCAUGGAAUCACGCAAAAUGGAACAAAUUCUUCAGAGCAAGAACAGAAUCAUCACUUGGACAGCAUUUCACUCGACGAGAAAAAGAGUGGAGCCAAAGAUACGAUAAAUACUAAGGCAACCACAACAUCAGUGUCAAUCAAUACCACUUCAUCUCAACAAUUACCAACUUUUAAUAGAGUUUCCUCUCCAUCGAUCCACAACCCAAGUCAACAACCCUCAACAACAACUGUAAAAGCGUCCCAGGCUUCAAUGAAUUUAGGAACCCAGAAUUCAACAACGACACAACCACCCCAACAACACUACACCCCUCCUGUCAUUGAUGAAGAGACCUUUUCCAACCUUCUUCAACAACACUACGAAGAUGACGAUGAAGAUGAUUAA